GAAAGCGCGACGGGACCGGAGCCGCGGGCCCCGAGCGUCCGACCCAGGCUCCAUCCCGCGGUCCUCACGCCUCCCGGGAUCCAGAACCUCCACUCCCGAGCUGGCUCGCAGCCGAGAGGCUCGAUCGCCUCCCCCCAGCCCCGGCCGCACGCCGCCGUUCCCACAGCCGGCGCCGCCCUCGGCUUUGCCGGCUUGCCCGCCCGCUCUGUGACCGGGGAGCAGCCCGGGACCUGACGGCUGAGAAAGAAAGGCGCAGCCGCCCGUUCCGGGAGCGCACGGGGCGCCCGGCUUCGGCUCAGAACUUUCCAGGGGCGCGCACCGGCCCCGCUCCUCCCCCCCGCCACGCCCGCGCGCUCCGCCGGGCUCGUGCCCGCGCGUGGGGCAGCGGCCGCGGGGGCGGCUUCGGCGGCGCGAGUUGCAGCAGAGUGGCUGAGUGGUAGCGGCGCUGACGCUAGUCAGGGACAAGAAGACCUAGUGAAUGAUUUCAGAAAACGUGCCUGUUUUCUUAGAAUGUCAAUGCAGCAAGCAGGUCUGAAGGACUCCUUUCACCGAAGAGCGUCUUGUCUGCAGUAACUUCACAGACCUGCCUGAGAGGCUCUUCCCAAACUCCACUGCACCCUACCUGCUGCUCCAGACUGGAAGCUGCUUAGGCCUUUUCUCAUGUGGAUCUAAGGGGAAUGCUUUACUAUGGCUGCUGUUGUCCAACAGAACGACCUAGUGUUUGAAUUUGCAAGUAACGGCAUGGAGGACGAGCAGCAGCUUGGUGAUCCUGCUAUAUUUCCUGCUGUUAUUGUGGAACAUGUUCCUGGUGCUGAUAUUCUCAAUAGUUAUGCUGGUCUAGCUUGUGUGGAAGAGCCUAAUGACAUGAUUACUGAGAGCUCAUUGGAUGUUGCUGAAGAAGAAAUCAUAGACGAUGACGAUGACGACAUCACCCUUACAGUUGAGGCUUCUUGUCAUAAUGGAGAUGAAACAAUUGAGACCAUUGAGGCUGCCGAGGCACUCCUCAAUAUAGAUUCUCCCAGCCCUCCUGUACUGGAUGAAAAGCAAAUCAAUAAUAAUAUAUUUAGCUCCUCUGAAGAUGACAUCGUUGCCCCAAUCACCCAUGUGUCCGUCACAUUAGAUGGGAUUCCUGAAGUGAUGGAAACUCAGCAAGUGCAAGAGACAAAUGCAGACUCCCCAGGAGCCUCCUCCCCAGAGCAGCGCAAGAGAAAGAAAGGAAGGAAAACAAAACCACCACGGCCAGAUUCCCCGACGACUACACCAAAUAUCUCUGUGAAAAAGAAAAAUAAAGAUGGGAAGGGAAACACAAUUUACCUUUGGGAGUUUUUGCUGGCCCUGCUUCAGGACAAAGCUACCUGUCCUAAGUACAUCAAGUGGACGCAGCGAGAAAAGGGCAUUUUUAAGCUGGUUGAUUCUAAAGCCGUGUCUAGAUUGUGGGGGAAGCACAAAAACAAACCUGACAUGAACUACGAGACCAUGGGGAGAGCACUCAGGUACUAUUACCAAAGAGGUAUUCUUGCAAAAGUGGAAGGUCAGCGCUUGGUGUAUCAGUUUAAAGAAAUGCCAAAAGAUCUUAUCUACAUAGAUGAUGAGGAUCCAAGUUCCAGCAUAGAGUCUUCGGAUCAGUCCUUAUCGUCAACAACCGCAUCAAGUCGGAAUCAAGCAAACCGAUCAAGAGUAUCUUCAAGUCCAGGAAUUAAAGGAGGGGCCGCUACAAUUCUAAAGCCCGGGAAUUCUAAAGCUGCAAACCCCAAAGAUCCGGUGGAAGUUGGACAACCUUCAGAAGUUCUGAGGACAGUGCAACCCUCACAGGCUCCCUAUCCUACCCAGCUCUUCCGAACUGUUCAUGUAGUACAGCCAGUACAAGCUGUCCCAGAGGAAGCAACCAUAGCCAGCACCAUGCAGGAGGAAGCAGCAAAUUCUUCAGUUCCAAGUAUUAGGACUAUACAGGCUUCAACCCAGGUUCCAGUAGUGGUGUCUCCUGGCAACCAACAGUUACAUACAGUAACAGUGCCACUCACAACGGUUAUAGCCAGCAUAGACCCAUCAUCAGGUGCUGGGUCUCAGAAAUUCAUUUUACAAACCAUUCCAUCGUCACAGCCCAUGACAGUACUGAAAGAAAAUGUCAUGCUACAGUCACAGAAGCCAGGCUCUCCUUCAAUUGUCCUCAGCCCCACCCAAGUACAGCAGGUCCUCACAAGCAAUGUUCAGUCCAUUUGCAAUGGAGCGGGCAGUGUGGCAUCCGCACCAUCGUUCAGCGCGACGACACCUGUGGUGACUUUCUCUCGGAGUUCACAGCUGGUCGCACACCCACCGGGCACUGUGAUCACUUCUGUUAUCAAAGCUCAGGAAACAAAAACUCUUAAGCAAGAGGUGGAGAAAAAGGCCGAAGAUGAUUUGAAUGAAGAUGCUGAGAAAAGUGCCCAGCAGCCCCAGCCUUAUGUGAUGGUGUUAUCCAGUUCAAACGGGUUUUCCUCUCAGGUAGCCGUCAAACAGAAUGAACUGCUAGAGCCCAACUCUUUUUAAUACACCAAAGGAAUUAUGGGUGGGUAUUUUUUUAAUUGAACUCAUUUUUCGGUUGUCUGACCAUAACAUGAUUUUUUUCUAAGAUGAAAUCCACAGAAGUUCUUAACUGUUAAAAAGUUACUUUUGACUUUGCUAGAUAAGGAGGCGAACCCAAGUGUGUGUCUCCUCUGAAUGUCUCAGAACUCAGUUGUGAAGGAGCAGGAGGUUUAGACGAUGAAGAAAUUCUUGACUGUUUUUCAGUUGCUAUAUCAUAUUUUAAAAGUUUCUUUUCUAGCUUGACACUGUACUAGCUUCCUGAAUUGUUUGAAAAUACUACUUAAAUAUAAGACAACAGGAAAUUUAUAUAGGAAACAUUUUCAUUCCACUUGUAUAAUUUAAGUCUUAGCUCUUUCAGAUGCAAGAAACUUAUACUAUUAAAAUUGUUGCGAUGUCACUUAGCUUGACUUUAAAGUUGGCUGGACUGUUAUACUAUGAAUAUACUACGAAUUUGUAAACUAUCAUUAUAAAUUGAAGUGUAUAUGCUCAGUAUAUUGGCAUAUAUGUGUAAUUCCAGCACUGGGAGGAGGACAAAGGGCAAUCAGGAGUUCAAGGCCAGCCUUAGCUAUAUAGUGAGUUUGAAGCCAGCCUGGGCUACAUGUAACCUUCCCAAAAAAAUCCAAAACAACAACAAAAAUAUUUAAGUGUGCCUAUGAUAAUGUCUGAACCUGAGUUUAAGAAAUGUGAUGUAGCCGGGCGUGGUGGCACACGCCUUUAAUCCCAGCACUUGGGAGGCAGACGCAGGUGAAUUUCUGAGUUUGAGGCCAGCCUGGUCUACAGAGUGAGUUCCAGGACAGCCAGGGCUAUACAGAAACCCUGUCUCAAAACAAACAAACAAAUAAAAAAAGAAAUGUGAUAUUAUAAAGGCAACACUUGUGACACUUCCACUAGCUAGGUGUGUAACCCUGGGUAGGCCACUCCAUCUCCUAGGUGUGUAACCCUGGACAGGACAUUUCACCUGCUAGUCUGUGCUAUUCUGGUAAAAUGAAGGGAUGCAUUGGACUAGACAAAAUGAUCUAAAAGUUUCCUUAUUAUAAAUUUUAGGAUUUUAUUAUCUGUACUUUAAAAUUAUUUCAAAUAUUACCAGAUUAUCUCCUUAUGUAAAGGUAAAAUACUGCUUAAAAAUAUUUUCCUCACAAAAUUACUAUCAGGUCUGCCAUAAAUUCUUCCUAAGUUCUCUGCUCAUUAAUCUUCAGACCACAGUUACUAAAACUGUGGCUUAGUAGUAAGCUGAGGGCUAAAUGAGAGACUGCUAUUCUAAGAGCAUCAGGGCUCUGAGGGCCAAAGAAGCAAUGGGAGUCCUGAGCUAGUAUAGCUGUGUCACUUAUUAUAAAAGCAUAACUGUUUUUUAUUUGGAUCAUUUUUUACUGUGGGUGAAGGGGAGGGGAAGUUGCAUACAAAGAUAUAUAUCCAAGUUUCCGAAGUAGAGUUUUUAGAUUACUUUUUCAAUGUAAAUAAUGUAUAUUUAAUGUCACAAGAAAUUGUUUUCUGCAAAUUCUCUAGUAUAGAAAGUUUUGUAGAAGAAAAAUUAUUGUGUUUAGGGGUAUAAUAUUAUAUGUUUUCAUAUUAUGAAAUGAAUUUGUAUUUAAACAAAAAUUUAAAUUUUGGAAUCCUCUAAACAUUUUUGUAUCUUUAAUUGUUAUUAUUAAAUCAUGUAAAAGUUCUCAAUA